AUGAAUUUGAACAACAGCACGGCCAUAAUGGUAGCUGCCAAUACAGGUAGCUCGCCGGCGAUUUUGUCGCACAAUUUCUACCUUGUUACAGCAACUUUGCUUAUACUUAUCGUCAUUGCCGCCAUUAUUGGAAACAUAUUGGUGUGCGUGGCUAUUCUGGUCAAUAACCAGCUGCGUUCAUCACCCACAAUGGUUUUCAUUUUUGCCUUGGCCGUGAGUGAUUUGUUGACUGCGUGUCUCUCAAUGCCUUUUGAUGUCGACCAGCGACUCACUAACUUCAAAUGGACCUAUAGCGAGGGGCUCUGUCAAGCAUGGACAACUGCGUACCUUACCACCGUGCCCUCGUCUAUUUGGAACCUUUUGGCGGUAAGCGUUGACCGGUACAAGAGCCUUAAGGACCCUUUGAGCCGCUACAGGCAAAGCCCCUUUAUGACGCGUAAGCGGGCGGCUCAAGUUGUUGUGCUCCUGUGGAUUUACUCAGCAGUCUUCGCUCUAAUACCUGUCAUGGGAUGGAAGUACCACUCUGUAAGCGUCAGAAAUAACUCGUGUUACUUCAACAUAACAAUAACCUACUCCAUACUGAGUUCAUUCGUCAACUUCAUCUUCCCACUCCUGGUCAUGUGCUUUUUGUAUUUCAAAAUAUUUAUGAUAGCUCGAAACAUAAACAGCGAAACAUUUUCCCAACUCAACGGUCGCUCAUGGGGAAGAUUAUCCAACGAAGCUACUUCAACAGAAGAUUUUUGUAAAAUCACCAGGCGCACCAAGCGAUGUGACAAGAGAUUCAAACAGAACAUUAAAGCUGCUAAAAACAUCUUGAUCAUAGUUGCCGCAUUCUUCCUUUGUUGGAUGCCUCACACGCUUCUUAGCUUGACCUUCAUUUUCCACGGGAAAGAGUUGGCACACAGAAUUCCCAUGGAACUGUUCACAGUAUUCUUGCUCCUGGGAUAUUUGAACUCCGCUCUAAACCCACCUCUGUAUACAUUCCACAACAAGCGGUUUAAAGAAACCUACAUAAAAUGCCUCGGGCUCAAGAGACAAAAGACUCCGCCUCCAAAUCGAUUCUCGAACGUCACGGCCUUGAGCAACAUCGACUCGAACCAUUCGGGGUCUCCGACGCCAAAUACAGACAAUGAAAACAAUAUGGAAGAACUUAUUCACAUGGACGAAAACAGUGUAUAAAGUCAAAGUUCAGCUCGCGGACAUCAGAAUCCUGGCCUCGAAUGAUCAGCGCACCUAAACAGCCGCCCAAACAAGGGAUUGUAUUACAAAUCCUCGAGGUUCUUUCACUGGUUCUGCGCCAGAAAAUUACUUAAUCAGAUAAACGCAUUCGAAACAAGAUUUCGUGUUUCACGUAUUAUUGACAUUAUUUGAUAGUUUUUUUUUAAACCAGAUAUCAAAAUGAGCUGCUCUUAACGUUGACUCCUCAAGAGACGAGCUUUUAGUGUUAGAGAACCAUACUAAAACUUUUCAAACGGAAAGUUUUUAAAACUCUCCAUUUAGUACUAUUUUUCAUCCACCUUGUGGGAGAAAGACAGUCUCAACUGGAAAUGUAUAACGACACUCUCUUUUGGAAGAGCUAAGUAUAUAACAUGAGGGUGGAAUUAUUAUUUAAUCGACUUAGACACGGUUAAAAACGUCACUGAUAUUCGCCUUUGCAAUGAAAAGUAGAUAUGGCACAGUUGCAAAAAUGUAUCAUCAACAACAGUCACUUUACGUGCAUAAUUUGCUGAUAGAGGAAUUAAAUUCUCCAAUAAUUGCCGAUAUUUCCUACGCCCUCUCAGCUUCCAGAUAUACAUUUAGAAGACAUCUUUCAAUUUUUGUCAUUUAAGCCCGACAAAACGUUUUAAAAGAUUUCUCAUGGUUGCUGUAAUAUGGGCGGUUCUUUUACUGUUAUUUACACAAAAAAAUACGAAAAAAACACAUAUUUGUUAUUCUAGCCAGAGUUACUUUUUAUCUGUAAUCAUACCGCCCCCUGGAGCUCCCAUUAGUAAGAUAAAUAUAAAAACAACCCAUGUUGCCAAAUUAUAAUGCUGAAUUCAAGCUUUUCCCUUUCUAUAUAGGCUCAAAAUUGAACGAGUCUAGAAAUCAGGACCAAUAGAUCGAAGGAUUUUGAUAACUUUGCGUCACUCGCCACUUAAACGCGAUAUCGAUUUGUGUUUGAUAGGAGUGCGUAGGCUGUGGUUUAAUUUCAGCCUUGCUGUUCAAAUCGUUUUAAAAAUUUAUUUCAAAUCAUCAAUCAUACAUUACUGUGUAGGGAAUCAAGAAAACUGAAAGCUAGGAUAGAAAUUUGAACGAAACUUAUACAGAUUUAAACAGAAAUCCUCUUUACUCUUCAUGUACGAGACGUUUAGAUCACUUUAUAUAAAAAUAGAUUUAUUAGUAGUUACUAUGAAUCUGAUCUAUGAAAAGACCUAUACUUUUUCUCACACAAACUCAAAGGAAACCCGUCUUAAUUACUUUUUUUGCUCAAUAAAAAUGUCUGCUAAAAUGCCUCCUAAAAUUACGAUGGGAUUCAUGUUUUGAAACCGUUAGUGUUCGAAUCAAUAUAAUCAAACAGAGACAAUGCUGAAAACCAUCUGUUUUGCGCUGCUUCCUGAAUAAAAAGGCGUAUUUAAUUGAUAGUGCACUUCAAUAGAUAAAUUAGAAUGUAAGAUUUCAUAACAGGAAAAACGCUUUUGGAAAAGACUUUAUAAACUUCUCAGGAAAAAGAAAAGAACACAUACUGAGACAAUGAAAAAUUGUAAUUUUGCUUUACACAAAGAUAUUGCCUUCUGAAACACAUAAAUCUGUGACUGAGUUGUGGGCUACGUUGUAUAUAAAAUUUUUAGAAGGAAAUUCAGCAUGGAAUGUUUUUCGUACUCAUAAAGAGAUUUAUGAUAAACUUGUCAACGAUAAAGCCACUUUGUAUCUGCGAUGCCACUCCUUGCAUAGUAUAAAUCAGGGUUUGUUCUUCCUAAUUCUAAACCAGUUGGUCACCAACCUCAUGAAUAAUGAUCUUAAAGUCUCGAAACUUCGAUGGUAAUGCAGUUUUUUUUACCUUAAUAGCUUUUCGCACUUUUCUUGUCUAAAAAACAGCUAAUGAUUUUAAUUUGAACCAAUGAUAAACUUCUUAUAUGUGUACAUAUAAACUCUCCCACCAUAUCCAUAUAAAACAGUGGCAUCAUAUAUUGUCCAGUGUGCGAAAAUAAUAAAAUUUCUUCGCGGUCUACACUGUGUAAGUACUCAGUACUUAGAGGACAAACUUAGUUUUAUCGACUUAAGAGUUAAAUAUUCCAUUUUAAUUUAUUGUUUUCAAUGGACGGACGUGUAUUUCCAGUUCAAUUUUCACAUUAAUUCUUUAUCGCAACUGUUACAAUAACUUUUAUCUCUGUGUUUUGGUUGUAUGAAUAGGGGCUGGACAGGCUUUCUUGUCUCUGUGGCUAAAAAUCCUUAUUUUUGAGACAUUCUCUGACUGAACCAAGAUAUUUUACUCUGAGUCAUUAACUUCGCUGGUUGGGUGCAUUAUCUAGCUUGUGUUGUCAUUUAAGGCUGUUUCAAUGAAGAAAAUACUUUGGAUCCAAAACGCUGUCAGAAAUACAUGAUGCAAGCCCAGAAGUAUUGCUAGAUAAAAUAGGAAAGCAAUUACUGUAAUUUGCUCGGGCCUGAGGCAUAAAAUGCUGAAAGUUUUCGUGAUUUAUUUGCACUUAAAAUUGAAUUUCAUUAAAAACAUCAACACAUUAGCAAACAGAGCUAAAGAACUAAUGUUCGAAGUCACAAACUCUAGAAACGAGAUUUAGCUAACAAUUUUUGCGACUAACUGGUUUUCAAAUGAUCUCCGGUAGACGGAUCAUUGCCUAGAUGAAAAUUCAAGUUAAUAAAAAGGAAAAUAUUCAAUCAGAAAGGCUAGACUGCAGAAUACCCUGCUACUCACUGACAUGUUAUUGAAUAAGAAUGGUGUCUACUGUGUUGUGCCUCGUUCUUGAAAGCCUCACGACACAUGCAAAUGAGGUGGACCAAAAUGGCAGGGUAUCCUGCAGUUACUCCCUGGGUUGUUCCGGUGAUUGUUCCGGUAACUCUUGUCUGAAAUUUAGAAUUUUUCGUCUGACAAUUUUAUGAUUCAGCAGUGUUUUGAAGAUAGUGUAAUUUUUAUAUCCCGCGCGUAAAAACGUACAGUUUUUCAAUACCGCACAGCUUGAUUAAUUGAAUAAUUUCACCAUUUCAAUUGUGUUUUUUGCAUAUGAUGCUGUCGGCAAGAGUCAAAAUUAAAAUCAAACGAUUAUUGUUCGAAAAGGGACUGAAAUUAAUAUCGCCUCGGGAAACAAUUUUCGGGCGUUUUGAACUCAAAACCAUGGGAAGUCUUUUGAUUCAAGCUUGUUAAAGAAAAAAAAUUGUUCGCUUAAAUGGCGGCGAAUAGGGGCUGGAAUUUUGCAGACGUUUUUAUUGAGCACAAAAAAACAUCAAGCUACACUUGGUUACAAACACUGAGGUGUAAUGACUCGCGGUUAAUAUCAUAUCGGAAUAAAGAUGCGAUUAAAGCAUAUCUGUGGAUAUCAGGCAAACAAUCAAAGCUAUAACGUGAGGGUUGCCUAGCUCUAGCCUUGAGGUAUCCCUUCGUUGGUGUGCUGCGAUUGGUGUCGCUUCAUUAAACUGGAGCCGUGAUCGAUGAUUUUCACCUAUAAACGUCAAGUUGAAGGGUUAUUCCUUGUUGUAGUCUGACAGAUGAUUUCCUCCUGAACAUCAAUUCGUCACUUACUGUCCUUCAGUGCGGAACAAUUACCGGAAAAACUCACUAAUAAACGAUAAUAAAUUGAUGUUAUGGCCAAUUUUGUUUUCUAAACAGGUCAUUCAUUUGUGAGCUGCGCGUAUCAGGAGGUUACAGUCAAGAACCUUUGGCAUUUUCUUGUCAGAUUCACAAGCGUGAAGUUCAUUGCAGACGUGCUAAGGAUUGCCGCGCAACUCUCCCUCAGCAUUAAAUCUCUUCACAGCCAGAGCACUCUAGUGGUAUAAAUGGAAUAUUUCACGAUUUCUACAGAUAAGAAUCUCAGUUUGUGAAAUCUGCAAGGCAAGAUCUGAAAUCCCGAAAAACAUCAGCAUUAAGAACUCCAGAGACUUUUGCAACGUCUCUUGGUUACAUUGCCGACAGUGCUUUGUUAAAAGAACGAAUUUUUGCCCUUUUUUUAGGCGAACAACGAAUAUCUUGUGAAGUGAAAGCCGAGCUUAGGUGGACCAUUAUCAGUUUGGUCAAGUAUUUGGAUUAUUUCUUUGUACUGACCGAAAACUGAUCGACACAGGACUGAGCUAAAAGUUUCAUUUGUAAUGGUCGAUCCUCUCACCACAACAAACUCGAGGUAUUUUGUGAAAAUUCGUAAAUCUUCGUUGUCCUAUCCGUCAAGUCAAGAUGAAUUUCUCGGUAACAAAUCACUCUGCUACGCCAGUAGUGUUAUUGUGGAGUCCUGGCUUUAAGCAUUUCAGUGUGACACUUUAUGUUGUUAUAAUCACUACGGCAUUCACUGGAAAUCUGUUGGCUUGUCUCGCAUUUAUCUUGAGUGCAAUCGUUCGCAUCUCACCGACGAAUCAUUUCAUAUUUUCGCUAGCUGUAAGUGAUUUGCUUACCGCGUGCUUCGCAAUGCCCUUCGAUCUGGAACAGCUUUUAACCAAUAAUACUUGGUACCACGGAGAGCUCCUCUGCCAGAUAUGGACCACAGCGUAUCUCCUCACUGUGCCCUCGUCUAUUUGGAACCUUUUGGCUGUGAGCGUGGACCGCUACAAGAGCCUCAAGGACCCGCUGAACCGUUUUCGCCAGACUCCGUUCAUGAGCCGUAAGCGUGCAGCUCUGGUGAUCCUAUGGCUGUGGAUUUAUUCAGGGCUUUUUGCGCUUGCACCAGUCUUAGGCUGGAAACGGGUUCCUCAAAGCCUAACUGCGGUCGGUUUAUGUGACUUCAACAUAACUACAGAAUAUUCUUUGUUGAGCUCCUCCGUGAAUUUCAUCUUGCCAACCGUGUUUAUGUGCGGGCUGUACUGGCGAAUCUACAAAAUUGCAAGUGGUCUUAGCAAACAGGAGGUGCUAGAUCCUUUGCAGAAUUCACCUGACAUUGGAAGAAAGUCGGCCAAGAGCCUGAAACGGCGGAUAACGACAACAAAGAAUAUCCUGAUCCUUGCCUGCGCAUUUUUCUUCUGUUGGAUGCCGCAUACUGUUCUCAGCAUCGUCGCGAUAAUCAUGCUCAUGGCAUGUCAGUCAUGUAUACUAGCCAUCCCCAGGGAACUAUACAUUGUCUUUCUUAUGCUAGGAUACUCAAGCUCAGCUUUGAAUCCUUAUCUUUAUGCGUUAAGGAAUAAGCAGUUUAGGAACGCCUUAUCCAGGCUUGCUCCCGCGUUCCGUUGCAAGGUUACUCCGCGGAUACCUUCAACUCUUACAACUGGAAACCAAAAGUGCAGAAAGUUACUGGGUAACAACAGUACAGGACAGAGCACACUAACCCGAACCACCACUUUAUAAACUGGGCUGCCUGUACUGAGUUUGGAUUUAACCAUUUUCUCGGUAACUGUUUAGUUCUAAAGCUGCCUGCUAAGGUUUUAGUUUUCCUCUGUGUAAAAAGUAGUGAUUCCUAAGAACCGGGAGUGCGAGAUCCCAAUAUAUCAUAAAUGAAAGAGGUAUUAUUCGAAAAAUUGUACCUUUAUUGUAAUUAAGUAACAUUCAAAGAGCGUCAACUCUGUGGAAUUCACGAGCGCUUCAUAUAAUUUAUGGAAACAAUACUAUAUACAAUCAUUUCAAACUAUAAUCUCGGGCAACUUACAGAAUGGAUGUAUCUUUAAAGACUGAAAAUAUAACCCUUAAAAAAAAUGGCAAACACUCAUUACUCAAUCGCGUUAGCGACGUCCACGGUAUUUCAGUUUGAACGUCACGUAAAGAUUUGCAGGGCUGGGUUGUUCGUGACCCGGUAAACAUAAAUCCAGGCCUGAAUCAACAUCGUGAGGAAAAUGAUUAAACGUUUCAUUUUAUCUACAAAACCACGAUGGACAACAAUAUUUUUAAGACAUCAACCCCAAGAUGACUGCGUAUACAAAACCCAUAGGUUGCCAUGGCAAUCAAACCAGUAUUUGAGCGAAUCUUGCUUCGAACGACACGGUCGAGGAGAAAGAGAUCAACGGAAUACUUGGAAAGUUGAAGUUUUUUUUUUUAGGAGGAAAAAUUUGAAAGGUGUGUUUUAAGCUAAUUUUUCCUUUUAGGUUCAGUACCAUCUACUGGGUAAUUUAUUAUGUUAAAAACCACUCAGUAGUGACCUAUUUUUAGUGAAUCAAGGAGAAAGUUUAUAAACAAACGCUGAGAGUUGAAUAAUUGCUGUCGCUUUGAAAUGACACCAAAUCCACAGAAGACAAUAUUGUCAUACAAACAAAAAUUAAUGGUGAAAGCGCUCAUAAAUCAAAUGUUAGAAAUUGAACAAGCUUUGAUGACCAUUGGGAGAGAGAUUGCAAAGCAAUUUCAUUCUAAAAGCAAAAAUUAAAACACAUUAAAAUAUUUUGAAAGUUUUGUAUAAAUGUCGCGCACAAAAGCUUCCCCAACGAUUCUUCAAAUUAUCCCAUCGUUUCGUUUCAUAUAAAUUAUGCAACAUAAAUUAUGCAAUAUGAAACUUUGCAUAGAUAAAACGAAAGCGGUUUCUGUUUAACUUUGUUUGAUAUUUGGAGUCAGAAGUCUCAGUGGAUAAGCUUGAGUGUUUUCCUAAAAAUUGCUUUAAUAGCAUGUUAUAGCUGUCGAGAUAAUCUCACUGGUAAAUAUUUCUGCUUAAGUCGUAGAUGAAAGAUGUCAGUCAAAAUUAGUGAGAUGAUGCGUAAAUAAUUCUAGAGUAGUGACCUUUGAACUGCUGCAGCUUUGACAACAAACUAGUAACAGCUUAAUUCCCAACUAUGACUGUAUCGUGAGGAAAAUAUGUUAUAUAUUGAAGUUACAUCCACUAUAUUUCCUAGACUUGACAUUACCCACCGUCCAAGAUCCGAAGAAAAUUCAUCAAACAAUGGCAAUAUAGCUUAGCAAUCUUAAAACUGUUUAGCGAAAAAGAAAAAAUGUAAUAUCAGUUGCACUCCUGACGCCAGUUAAUGGCAACGGUCGUAAUAAAAGCUGAUGUCGGCCUUCUGUUGAUAAUGCACGUCUUACAAAUUUCUGUUUAGCCUCGUUUUAGAUUUAACCGUUCAGGAACCUUUUUUAUUGGGUUAAAUGAAAGGAUUUCCGCAUCCUCUCCUUAAGUUGUUUAGUCAUCCAGUGCUCUUAUUAAAGUAUUUCAACUUAGAGCGGAAGAAUAUGUAUCACAAAAAACCUUCUGAAGUAUUGAACUACAAAAGAAUUUGAACCACAGACGUUAUAUCACUUUUGAAAGAGGGUCGAAUUGAACCAAUAUUGAUUGUGUCACGGAAUACGUUUCGGUAAGAGUGUCUUAAACUGUUCGAAAGAUAAACAAGCUCUGCCCUGUUGAGAACCUGAGAAAUUUUGGGGCAACUUUCGUGAAGAGUAGAGGAAUCUCAAACAACCAAGACAACUGACUGCAACCAGUCUUUCCCUCUUGUUGUUCGAAAAACAUAAGAACUUGCCAGUUUUAGUCACUUAAAGAAGAUAUUGUUAUUGUAUAAGGGCAAAGCACAGAAAUUAUUUCUUUUUUAGCGAGCUGUGCGCUUUUACCAACGCAAUGAGUGAUCAAAAGAGAGAUUAAAAGUGGCCAAAAAAUACGUUUUAAUUUCUGCAGAGGUACGCACGCUUUUGAGGAUACAAAUAGAAAGUGACUUGAGUCUAACUGUUUAUGGCAUUCAUUCUUGAGAACAAAGGAACUCUGAAGAGUGCUCUCACGUAAUGGAAUCUGAUCAUUAAUUAGAAGAGCAGAGUAUAACAAUGCAUUCCCAUUUACUCCCAUUAUAUCGCGCUGUUAUCGUGUCCUUCACAACACUCUACAGCUGCGCUCGCACGAUUUGGGAAAAAACAAAUGAGCAGCUUUACGACCAACGCUUCGGAUGAAGCUCAUAAUACCACAUCGAAAUCCCCAGUGGGACCUCAGGGAUAUUUGAACUUUUCUAAGGAAUUCACCGUAUUCAUAGUGACUGCUUUUAUUGUUAUCAUGGUGGCGGCGAUCAUUGGUAACACUCUGGUUUGCACUGCGACACUUUUCAGCCCAAGCUUGCGAAAAGCUACCACAAGUCUUUUUAUCGUAUCUCUGGCUGUGUCUGAUCUUCUUGCAGCCAUGUUAGUGGUUCCAUUCGACGUCUAUGUCAUUCUCAACAACGGGUUGUGGUUUCAUGGAGAAGCAGCCUGUAAACUUUGGACCACCACCUACCUGCUGACUGUUCCUACCUCGAAUCUCACUCUGUUGGGCUUGAGUAUCGAUCGGUACCUCACCUUAAGCCAGCCUCUGAAACAGUUCCGCAGCGGAAAGGAAACGACUAGAAGUCGCAUCGUCGGCUGCAUGACAGCUCUGUGGGUGUACUCCCUCGGUUUCUCCAUUUUGCCUAUGACAGGUUGGACAUUAUGGCGUUUUAGGACGAAAAGCGUCAACGGUAGUAUAUGUUUCUUCAACGGUUCUCACCUAUACAGUGUCUUAGUGUCUGUGCUGCACUUCAUUGUUCCUUCAUUGGCUAUGUGCGUGGUUUAUAUCAUGAUCUAUGGCCAGAUCCGUCGCCACACUAGAGCUGUUCGACCUAUUGAUUCCCCAGUGGCGCAUAACACCCAAGCAAACCUCCUGCUUCAAAGGAACAUCAGAGCAGCUAAGCGGAUUGCGGUGAUUGUAAGCGUUUUCUUACUGUGCUGGUUGCCUUACAGCAUCCUCAGCAUCAUUGGUAACCUGUGUCACGAAUGUCUCCUUAACAUACCGCAAGAAGCCUUUUACGUCACCCUCAUGACGGGCUACCUAAAUUCUGCUUUAAACCCUGUUCUUUACUCAUUCAACAACAGAAACUUUAUGGACUCUUACAGAAGAUUAUUCAGAGCGGUCAGACGUGGACUGGGCAGAGUAGGCAGUCUGAAAUAA